GAGGGAAACACCUGAUGUGUCAUUUCACAGGUAUAAUACAGGUUAUCAUCUAUAUAUACUCAUUCGUGCAGGUGUUUUGAAUAUUACUGUCUAGAAAAUUCAAGAGAUAUCAGAUUGUUCAGCUGAGAGUAACUGUCAUGAUGGUGAAAAGUGGAUUUGUGAUUGUACUUGUUCUUCUUGUGCAUUUGAUUGCCGGUUCACCGAUACAAAAAGAAAACUCGAAAGAUAUGUGCAGGCUGCCUAAAUUGACUGGUGAAUGCAGAGCCCACAUGCAAAGAUGGAGGUAUGACCCUGCUACAGGAACUUGCGACCAAUUCACUUAUGGAGGAUGUAGAGGGAACGAGAACAACUUUAUCACUGAAGAAGCUUGCAUGGCGACUUGUUCAGGGGUGUAACUAUUCUGAAAAUUUCGACCCACUACAAGUCGGAGAUGAUCAAGAAACUUCGAAUGUACAAAUUUUAGUAGUAUAAUUUUGUUACCUGAAUUAAUUUUAUUUUGUUAUCUAAUUUAUUGUUAAUGAUUAAAAUAUUUUUCUUAGCGUC